UCACUUCCUGGUCCCGGUGGCUCUCACGGCGAGAUGUAUCACAACAGUAGCCAGAAGCGGCACUGGACGUUCGCCAAGGAAGAGCAGCUCACGCAGCUGCGGGCGGAUGCCAACCGCAAAUACAAAUGCAAAGUGGUGGCGAACGGGAAGGUUCUUCCAAAUGAUCCAGUCUUUCUUGAGCCUCAUGAAGAAAUGACGAUCUGUAAAUACUAUGAGAAGAGAUUAUUGGAAUUCUGUUCAGUGUUUAAACCAGCAAUGCCAAGGUCUGUUGUGGGUACAGCUUGUAUGUAUUUCAAGCGUUUUUACCUGAAUAACUCAGUAAUGGAAUAUCACCCACGGAUAAUAAUGCUUACAUGCGCAUUUUUGGCCUGCAAAGUAGACGAAUUCAAUGUAUCUAGCCCACAAUUUGUUGGAAAUCUACGGGAGAGUCCUCUUGGACAGGAGAAAGCACUAGAACAAAUUUUAGAAUAUGAACUACUACUUAUACAGCAACUUAAUUUCCACCUUAUUGUACAUAAUCCAUAUAGACCAUUUGAGGGCUUUCUCAUUGAUAUAAAGACUCGCUAUCCCAUGUUGGAAAAUCCAGAGAUGUUGCGGAGAACAGCUGAUGACUUUCUCAACAGAGUUUCACUAACAGAUGCUUACCUUUUAUACACACCAUCCCAAAUUGCCCUGACUGCCAUUUUAUCCAGUGCAUCUAGAGCAGGAAUCACAAUGGAAAGUUAUUUAUCAGAAAGUUUGAUGCUGAAAGAGAACAGAACUUGUUUGUCACAGCUGUUAGAUACAAUGAAAAGUAUGAGAAACUUGGUAAAAAAAUAUGAAGCACCUAGACCGGAAGAAGUUGCUAUUCUGAAACAGAAACUAGAGAGAUGUCACUCUGCUGAGCUUGCUCUUAAUGUGACCACAAAGAAGAGGAAAGGCUAUGAAGAUGAUGAUUACGUCUCAAAGAAAUCUAAGCACGAGGCAUGUUCUCCAAAGGAAGAAUGGACUGAUGAUGACCUGGUAGAUUCUCUUUAACCAUGUGGAAUAGACCUGUCAUUAGCUAAUCUAGAAGAUAAGUUUUAUCUGAUUUUCAACUGUUUGAAGAUGAAAGUGUUAAAACAUCUGUGUAUCAUUAAAAUUUCCUAUUAUUUAAAGAUGGGGGCCACCUUUCAGGACUGUUUUAUGUGUAAUAAAGUGUUUUCUAAUGAGCAAGAA